AUGUCACAAGAUUCUAACUUUGAAAUUGUAACAGCUACUAUCAAUCAAAUGAAAUGGAUCAUUUCUAUGGCUAAAGAUGAAGGAUGGAAUCCCGGAGAAGAUGAUUUUGUAUUUCAGUUAGCGGAUCCCACUGGUUAUUUUAUUGGGCUAUUAAAUGGAGAACCAAUUUGUUGUAUAUCUGCGACAAAAUACAACAUUCAAGCAGAAAUGGGGUACUAUGUUGUUAAAAAAGAACACCGUGGUUUAGGCUAUGGUAGGGCUAUCAUGCAACAUAGCUUGAAAUACUUGAAAGGCUAUAAUAUUUUAAUUUAUGCCUUACAACAUAAAAUUGGUACGUAUGAAACUAUAGGGUUUAAAAAACAUGAGGCGAUGAUACGAUAUGCAGGAAUUAUAGCGAAAAAAGAGGUUAUUAGUGAUAAUAUUUAUUCAGCUAGAGACAUUCCUCUGGACAAAAUUGUAGAAUAUGAUGCACGUUAUUUCGCAGAAGAAAGGAAAAAGUUCUUAAGUGCGUGGUUAAUGAUUGGAACAGCAAACAGUUUCGUAUAUAAAAUAGGAGAUAACAUUCGAGGUUUGGGGGCAAUACGAAAAGCUCAAGAUGGCUAUCGUAUAGGACCUCUAUAUGCGGAAACACCGGAUAUCGCAAUAACUUUAUUUCAUCGUCUUUGUCAAGACUACGAAAACUGUAAAAUCACCGUUGAAUGUCCUGCAUCCAACGCCGAUGCCAAAGAAUUGGUGAAGAAGUUCAAGCUGGACAAAGUCUUUCAAGGUUCAACUAUGUAUUCGGGAGAGCUGCCUAAAGUUAAUUUAAAUCACAUUUAUGGCGUUAUAACUCAUUAA